AUGUCGCAGUCGUUCUUCAGUCUCCCCCAGACAGCAGUCGCUCCUCUUGCCUGCACCAGCCUCUUACUCAUUCACAGCGCAAAUGUUCUUGUUUGUGUGACAAUGCUAAUUGAAAGAGCUGUUCCAACUUCAGUAGCUAUUUGUUUGGUUAUAUCGCAGACAGUAACUUCUAACUUAAUAAACCAAACAGACAAAUGUUCAGGAGUUACGGCGGUGAUGAUGUCUUUGUGCCUUUCUUGUGUCCUGUUGGUUGUGGGGCUGUGUAAACGUGGCGUCCUCUUGGAGUCGUUACAGAAACAGCUUUUGGUUGAGUAUUUCCUGAACCUGUUGGAAGAACAAGAGCCUUUGGGCUCAUUUGUGCUCCUGUAUCUUGGAAGCACACAGCCCUUCAGCCCACUUCCAAAGCGGGGAAUUAAGGAACAGCCAGUAUUGAUCCUCACAGCCUUUCUUUGCUCUGCCUGUUUCCCCUCAGACACCACGACGUAUUCCACGGAGCGCUCGGAGCACUUUAAGCCAUGCAAGGACAAGGACCUGGCGUAUUGUCUCAACGAGGGGGAAUGCUUUGUGAUCGAAACCCUGACGGGAUCCCACAAACACUGCCGGUGCAAAGAGGGCUACCAAGGAGUCCGCUGUGACCAAUUUUUGCCGAAAACCGACUCAAUCUUGUCAGAUCCAACAGACCAUUUAGGAAUUGAAUUCAUGGAGAGCGAGGAGGUGUACCAGCGCCAGGUGCUGUCCAUCGCCUGCAUCGUCUUCGGCAUCGUCGUGGUGGGCAUGCUGUGUGCAGCCUUCUACUUCAAAACCAAGAAGCAAACCAAGCAGAUCCACGAACAGCUGAAAGAAACACAGAAUAGGAAAACCUACAGCCUAAAUGCUUCCAGCAUGAUGGCAAAGUCAGAGUGUAUGGCACAAAGCCAAGUCCAGCUGCAAAAUUAUUCAAAGCCAGAUAGGCACCCGGGGCCCAUUCUGCACAAAGUUAUGGAGUCUAGUUUUUCAGGCCCCCAGUCUUUCCCAGAGGCCUUGUCUCCUGACAGAGGAACCCAGCCCAUCAAGCACCACAGAAGUCUCUCUUCAUGCUGCAGCCCAGGACAGAGAAGUGGGAUGCUGCACAGAAAUGCCUUUCGCAGGACUCCUCCCUUGCCUCGGGGUAGGUUCAAUGGGAUUGCAGGACCAGCGUAUCAGCAGCUCCAGGAGUCCAGGAUCACCGACCAGGACACCAUACCUUGUCACGGGUAUUCAUCCAGUGGUUUAAAAACUCCUCAGAGUCCUUCAAUAAAUAUGCAACUGCCUUCAAGAGAGACAACCCCAUAUUUUAAUAACGUGGAUCAGAAGGACUUGGUCAGCUAUUCCUCUUCAAGGGCCAACUCCGUCCCCAUCAUCCCGUCUGUGGGCUUGGACGAAGCCUGCAUGCAAAUGCAAAAUGUUCCUGAAGUAACAGGCAUCAAAUGGUGCAAAAACUCCUAUUCUGCUGAACUUGUCAACGUGAGUUCCCCAGUCAGUAAUUGUCUAAUAGCAGAACAGCACGAGGUGAAAGUCUUGCUGGAAACUGUGCAGGAGCAGAUCCGGAUGCUGACGGACGCGCGGCGGGCGGAGGACGCGGAGCUGGCGGGCGCGGAGGCGCGGGGCGGUGCGAGCGAGAACACGGCCUUCCUGCCCAUGAGCCCCACGGCCAAGGCAGAGCGAGAGGCACACUUUGUCCUCAAAAGUGACACGCAGAGAGACUCGGUACUCACCAAGUGACUCCGCCUGGGGGCUGCGGGAGGGCAAGCGAGAGGUCCGCGCGUUCAACGCUUUGCUGAACAGGAAGGGAGGAAGUUAAAUACAAAUUAUUUAUAUGCAUUAAUUUAAGAGCAUCUACUUAGAAGAAACCAAAUAGUCAAUCGCCCUCAUAUCAUAGUGUUUUUUAACAAAAUAUUUUUUUAAGGGAAAAGUUCCAGGAGGGAUGAAGUGUGCUUUUAGAUGCUUCCCAGGCAGGAUUACACAGUUCCAGUUCCAGAGGACUUUUCCAUGGUCCUGUUCGGCUGUCCGAAGGCUUAGGCUAUGCAUCUCCUUUUCAGUAAAGGCCAAGUACCGUCCUUAGAUGCAUUUCUGGUUUCAGGGCAGCGCUGCAGUGAGCUGCUGGGCAGGGAUUCAGACCCUGGAGAACAUGUCCUGUAAGCCCAACACAGACCCAGUCCCCUCUCCCCCUCUGCUCUUGAUUCCGGGUUCACAUCACGAGAUCAGGCACACAGACACCUAGUUCUGAGUUCUGGUACCUGCUGUGGAAUGAUAACAACAUCCCUGAAUUGACCAGAUACUUAACUCUUAACAUUAAUUCAAGGUGUCAGUCGCCCAAAGAAAGUCAAAGGAAUAAUUUAUGAGCUUUGGGAUUGGCCAAGAGUGGGAGCAGGAUUGGGGUCUAUAGAGAUUCAGUGAGUCCACAGCUGCUCCAUCUUCUGAGCUUUGACUACAAGAGCUGCCUUGGUGGAGAGUGAGGAAGAACGAGAGGAAAUGUAUACGUGUGUAUAACAACAGGUUUGGUUUUGGUUUCUGGUUUGGUUUUUUUUUAAGUGGAAACAUAAACUUUGUUGUUCGUUAGCACCCCUCAACAUUUCUAAACUUUUACACUUUAAAAGCAUUUGUAAGCUCUCAAGGAGCACUUCUCGGUGUGUGUGUAUUUUUUUUAAACUUAUUUUUUAUUAUGGCUUGUUCAGAGAAGAGUCAGGGAGAUUCCGUAUGAUCAAAAUCCAGCCAGUAAGUGUCCACGCUGCCUAAUUUGUUCCUGCAUUCAGUUCUCCAGUCACUUUAAUUAAUUAUGGCUUAGGCUUGUGAACUUUAAAGCUUCAACCCUGCAGAUGGUUCAGUAUGGGCAGGCCCACAGGCAUGCAGAGAUCUGACUCUGAUGGAGCUUUCUAAGAGCAGAUGGUUCCACCGAGUCCCUCCCUGCAGGGGAUCAAGGCCUUAGAGAGGAUGCAUCAUUCCCUGGUUGCUGUAUCCUAAUCACACUGUAAGUCCUUUUUGCAUUAGCCUUCGAGUCCCUCUUCCCCCCAUAAAUUGUAACAGAAUGUGCCAAUUUUGCAAUGAAUUGGGUUCAGUGAGACACCUUACUGGGUUUAUAAGUCUUAAAAUAUCUCCUUAUUCUUGGGGGAAAAAAAUCCACUAUAAUAAAUAAUCACUAAAUAGCCUUCCCUGGUUAGUGCCAGGAGACUGAUUAAAAAAAAUUUAAGAGUAUAUACAGAAUGUAUUAAAAUAUUCCUUUGAAGCAAAAUAAUUGUUAGAUUUAUUAAUGUGCCCCAGACUUUCUAGUUCACAAGUCUCAAGACUUCCCAAAAUAGCACAAUCAAUCUCACAGUGCUGUUGUAUGUUGAGUCAGAAUAAAGCAAUAUCUUAACCUCUGUCAAGUAAAUUUGGAAAAGAAAUGCUGAAGGUGUAUGUCAUUUUUUUUUUUUUUUGUUAAGGCAGUAAAAAAUUUUAUUUUUGACUGUCUUCAUUCAGCAAGUCUUAUUUUUGGUUGCUUUUGUGGUUUUGGGGGUACUUUUAAAGAUAAAGUUGAUGAAAUUGUCCUGUUUACAGAAAUUUCUAUGGCUGCAAUCUUUGCUGUGUGUUUUCAACAGAAAUGUAUUUGAGAGCCUACUAUUGUUUUAUGCCCCAGGAUGGAGUGUGAGGUGUUCAGACUCCAUUCUGCAAAGACAGAGCUUUUGUUGUAGCAGUGAGGGGGGAUCCCCGUGGGGUUUGGGCUCACCCUGGUAUUUCCCUGCCUUAUGUGGUGCCUGGGCACAGUCUCACUGUGCAUGAGCUGAGCUGGCUGUGGUGGGCAUGGCCCUGAGUUCAUACCAGAUAAACCCUCUGAAAGGCAGGGUGCAUCAGGUGGGGCUCAGCUCUGCACCCCUACAGUCAUUGGACCUUUCUGUCCACACCACUUGCAUCCCCCAUCUCAGGACAUGAGCAAAGGGAGCUUGCCUCUGCCCAUAAGCCCUGUGAACAUACCUGAAUUUUCCUAUUAUAUGAAAACUGGGUGCUAUAUAAACCUCGGGUUCAACAAUUUUCAAGUGGUGAUCACAAGUAAUGAAUCGUUCACCAUUAAUUUCUUCGGGAUGAUCUUUCUGCAGUACAGUGCAGAAUACUGCCCAAACUGAUGCUUAAAAAAUUCAAUCUUUUUGAUUCAGAUGCAAGAUUUUCCCUCCCCCAAGCGCUGCAAAUUCACCUCUGGCAACAUAAUGGGAACACACAGCAAGAUUUCAGCUGAAGAAAGGCCAUGCCUUUAGGGAGAGAAUGUGUUCAUGCAGCACCCCCGAAAGACCCAGAAAGAGGAGACAAGCGAUGUAUUUAAGAGAAUGGAAUGUUUUACUGAAUGAUAGCUGAAGAUCUGAAAUGGUGAGGAAAUCUUUGGUUGAUGUUAGAGAUACGAUCUUGUACUCAGCAAAGGAUGUGUGACUGUUAUAUGUUAACUGUUCUAUUCAGUUCUCAGCAUGUUUGAAUAGAGAGACGUUAAUAUUAACCACUGACAGACUAGUGUAUUAUUUGUUCAGAGCAUCGCUUCAGAUCUUACUGAAACUGUCAUUGUUUGCAGAGGAAAACAAAAAGGGUUGAAAAUAUCCAACUAGGUAGCCUUAAUGUUGUUUGUGUGUUUUUCUAAUGCAACUGUUUUCCUCUGUGGACCUUCCUGUUUUACAGUGAAUGGGGCAACAUUUUCUCUGAGGUCUGACAAUUGAUUGUGCAAAGCAUCCAUUUGAAAGUCGUACUGAAACAGCCAACAUGGUAGGCCAAAUUUUGCUUUGCUUCUGGUCCCACUGAACUUGUGGAUUGGAAGGGAUGCAAGUCAUUGAUAAAUGCAAUUAAUUCCUAAAGUACAUCUGUUCCCAGCCUUGGAGACAGUCUGUAAUCCCCCUGGAAGAGGCUCUGAACUCAGUCGUUUACGUGGAUCAUAAUUAAAAAUUUUAUCUGACCUGUGAAGUUCCAGGUGUAGUCUGGUGUGAAAAUUUGCACACAUAGCAUUGCAUUCAAACAAACUGGGAGAGCAGCUGACUAAAUAAAUUGAACUUGCUCUGAACUGAGCAGAGAGAAAGCCUGUGUCUCCAGCACAGCACCAUGGAGAAUUGUGAGAGGUAUAUAUCCUGAUCCUUUUUUAAAAUUCAUUUUUGUUUACAGUUUCUUCAAAAACAAUCCAAAAUAACCCUAAAUAAAUUAAAAACCAGUAGAACAAUGCCAGCAUUUGAAAUAGGAGAUGUGGGUAAGUAUGGGCACAUUUUUAGUGUUUACCUUUGAAAAACCCUUCAGUACCCCAAGGCCCAAAGCUGGAAUGUUGUCAUUUCUCCAGGCACAUGUUUAGACCAACAAAUGGUUCUGUGGAAUGCGAGCCCUUCAGAAUGCCUUUGGUACCUGGCUGCGCUCUCAGCUGCUGUGGUCAGUGCAGCAAUGGCAGCAGCUGUUAACUGAGGAUCACAUCCCAAAUCCGUGCUGCUUGAUGCCCACAAAGCUUAGCAGUCUCCCCUGUGAUGUCAGCACUGCUACACAAAAGGAUUUAUUUUGCCUUUGAGCAUCCCAGCAGAGUGUGAGCCCUCUCAGCUCCUUGGCUGGUGAUAGGCUUGGGUUGCCAGCUCCAUGUGGCACAGGCUGAGUGUCCCUGGCCAGGCUCAGCAGCAGGGAACUUGGGAUCAGUGUGGCUGAUGCCAAAGCCACUCAGCAGCACCCUUCAAGUUUGAAUUUUGAAAUCAACAGGGAGCUGAUGGCAUGUGCUUAUGACCAAGCAUGUGCUCAAUAUGCUCCCAAAUUGAAAUGUUAGAAAUUGAUUCACACCUACUUCUCAUGUAAGUAGGGAGAAAAUCUGGAUUCCUUUUCCCAAUUUAUCCCCAGGUUCCUGUAGUCUCCUUUUGGACGUUACUUGAACAUUUCUUAGUCUUAUAAGAAAUUCUGAAAAUGAAUACCAAAGAACUCUGAAAGAGUCCUACUUGCAGUAAAUAAAUUUGAAGCUUGAAGGAGCAGACCUGGAAUAAAAACUGUGUUUGAAAGUGGUAUUAAUAAUAAUUGCCUUUCAAUAAAAUGAAAUUUCCCAGUAAACUCCUUACCCCUAUGGAAAACAAUGAGUUUAUAAAGUGAUUUAUUAUCUUGUCAUGAAUUUAAAAUAUUUAUCUUCAAGGAGAUUGGGAAACAGCAAAUAUUUAGUAUAGAUUUUUCAGUUUUUUGUGAUUUUUUUGUUUUUAUUUUAUUUCAGCAGCUUAACAGGUCAAUGAACCCAUUAUCUGUAUUGUCUGACACAUAGUCAUAAAGUCUCCUCUUUUGUGGUCCAAAAGCUGCAAUGAUAGAUUUCCUUAAAGAGAUCAAGAUUUUAUCUAAUUUUAUUUUAAAAUUGUUCAUAGAAUAAUACAGUUAUUUAUCUUGCUGAAAAUAUAAAGUGAUGCAAACUUUUUUUGUUUCUGUACUACAUUAUUGCUGAAUUCACAGCAAGAUUGUGCUUCCUUUGUUUUGAUGUCUACUUACAGGAGAACAACUGACACCCAGUUUUCUGGUUUAGACUUGGUGUGGGAAUUAGUAAGGAUAAAAAGAUUUUUAGAAAGUUGGGAAAGUAGGUUUUAGAAAUAGAAAGUGAAAAGGGAAAAAAGCCAACACAAAUUGGCACUUCCAAAUCGUCCUAUCAGGCAGGAUUUCUGUAUUUUCCACAGGAAAGUUCAAACAUUAAAUAGAGAUCAAAAAGCUACAACAGCAGUAAAAUUACUAAUAAAGUAGGCCUGUGUUUGGUUUGUGGGUUAUUUUUACAUUUUUAUUCCAUGGCAAUCAGAGGAUUGUGCCAAAGGAAUUGGAAGUCUCUUGCAAGAGAUACAGAAUGUAUUAAUAGUGUCUUGCAAGAAAUACAGAAUUUGUUAGAGACAGUGGAAAGUCAUCACCAUAGCCCCAAACAAGAAAAGCCACAGUGGAGGAGGAAAGAGUCAUCCAGUGUCUGCUAAAGGGGAUGAGAGUGCUUUCAUCUUAACAGUAAAAACCACUGCAGUUGUUUACUGUUGAAAGGUUUACCUGCUAGGAAAGGUAAAUCAUCUGAAUUUAUUAAUGACCACAGUGGUAGUGUUUGAUUAAAGGAAAACGCGCAGAAAUUUCCAUUUUUUUUUCUUGCUUGCCUUGUCCCUUGGAACAAAUUUAAUUAUGUUUUGGUUCUGUAUUAUUAAAGCACUGUUUCCAGUGCUUCAGAGACAGAGUGCUCACACCUCACUGACAGCCUGCACUGACUCUUCCUUGCUUGAAAGGAUUUAGCAGUUUCCUCUUUGAUCAACACUCCUGUAAACAAGGAGUGAUUUUUCUAAUACCCCACAAGGCUGUUCUUGUGCCAGUUUUCCCAGAUAAGUAAUAAAACACAGCAAGACCACCUAUAAUUCUAUUUUUUUUCUUUGUAAUAUAAGAAACUAUAUAUAAUACUUGACAGCUGUAAUGGAGAAGGGUUAUUGAUGACUGAAGUAUGUAAAUAAACUGUAGGAUAUAACGUAUGUCAACAGCAUGGAAAUCCUGUAAUUGUCCCAUAGCUUGUGAUAACCCAUUCUCUUCACACCAUCAGGAGAGCUACAUGCAGUUUAUAAUUUGCUGUCCUUGAGGGGCCCAUGGUCUGCACCACAUCACUGCAGUGACUGGGCACUGAUGUACCCCUGUCCUUAUUUCUUGCAGUGCAAGAGCCACUUCUGUGCUGUCCAUGCCUGCUUUGGUCUAACUGAAUUCACUGAAUUUGUAACCUUUCAGCUUCUUCAUUCACAUUUGGUUUUACCUUGCCCUCAGAAUCAAGAGUAUCAGCCUGACAUUUGGGACCCUGAAUAAAUUUAUGGCCUUAAACAUUUUAAUGCACUUAACAUUUGUCUGCUUUAGUUUGACCUGAGGGGAAAGCUCUCUCCUUGAAGAAGGAUUUAUGCAGCCCGUGCUGCAAAUCACUUUCCUGCCAUUCCUUCAAGGAAUAUGGAACAAGAGCUCCCAGUUGUGUAAAUAUUUGGAAACAAAAAAAAACCCAAAUAAUAAUAGAGGACUAUAAAAGAAUACUACUAAUAAUUAAUAUUCUAAAACAAACAAUAGUUCCUUGCCUUCUCUGGAAUACACAAUUGUAGUUAAGGUUAUCAAGAUGCAUCAGAGACAUGAAGAAGUGAGGCUGGUUUGUAAGUCAUAUGUAUUUUCUGAGGAAACCCAGGUUUGGAGUUUCCCUUGCUUACAUUGAGAUGAUUUUUCAUAGCAUGAAAUCCACUCCUAUACAUUGCAUACCUCAGCAGAAGCAGGGCAGAAACACAGUGCAGGCUUCACUUUGGCUUUCUGACUCAAGUUAAACUCUCUUGCUUUAGAUUAUCUCUGAUCUCUUCCAGGAAAUAAAUGAAUAUCCAAAAAGAAAAGAAGAGAGACUUGAAUACUUGAUUUAAUUUUUUUUAAUCAAAAAUCAACCAGUUACUAUUGAGACUGGAGCCAUCUGCUGAACUGAAAUGUUCUAGAAGUAGCUGAGGCUUUCCCUGUUCUUGAUGGGGCAAACAGAGGUGGCACAAGCAUUACCACCCUCACCACCCCAGCAAGACACACUGGGAACAACUGGAGAACAGGGUAGGGAGCUUCUCCUGAUGUAGCACAGGUCUUUCCAUGGCUGAGGAGGGAUGGAAUUUGUGUCAGGCCAGAUCCACAUCAUCUGAAAACCUUGCCUUUUGUUUCUUUCUCAGAUGAUUCUCAUUUCACUGAAAUCCUUAACUUAAAAACAAACUAGUGCAAAUUUCACAAUUUGCGCUAGUUUGUUUUUAAGUUAAGGAUUUCCAAAUUCUGCAAUCCUUUGAUGUAACUUGUAUUAUGUUAACUUUUUUUUUAAAAUCAGAUGUUGGAAACCUAAAUUACAAAUAUUGAUAUUUAAAUAUUGAUAAUAGGAGAUGACUGAGAUCUGUGUUUAUGUUUGUCUCCUGAUCUUUUUGAAGAGUUCCCAGCUUGUUGCAGGGAUGUUGGACUAGAUGACCUUCCAACCUGAAUUAUGCUAACAAUGUUCAAAUUAGUUCUUUCAAGUUGCCCACAAGAAGCUGGAUAUUUCUGUGUGCAUCAGUGAUAACUUUGGGUUGUAAAGGUAAAUAAGAUAUUGGACUACAUAAAACUUCAGGUCAGACUCUGGUGUGGCACAAGUGGCAGCUGUUUCCCUGAAGCACAGUUCAUGUGAAGGCUCCCAAAGGAGGCUAUUUGUGGUUGCUCAGCAGUGGAGCUGCCUGAAAUAAACCCCAGGUCUCCACCUGUGCAGUGCCAACCUCUGCUCCUUUCCAAAGGUAACCCACAGGGUGUCUGAGCUCCUCCACCAGUGACUGUGCCAAAAGGCAGGUGUCAGCACUGACUUCCAUGAAGGCUCCUCUCAUUAAAUCAAAAUGAAAAAAUUUGAGCUAAAAAUUGAUGGGCUGGAUUCUCCCAGGUAUUGCCAGGUUAUAUGGAGUGCCAGCAGCAGUGCUGAUUUACAGUUUCUGAGCCUGUGGCCUGUGGUUUGACCUAAUUCAUUAGUUCCCACCACCUGAGCUGGGGCAAUUUAAGCAGAAAUGUCUCUGCCCAUCAGGGUAACUUCAGAGAAUAGUUAAAGCAGUUUGAUUCCAACUAACCUCAUUUUUUUUACUUCAUUGUAUAUUCUCCUUGAUUAUUGCAGAGGUGAAGCUGCUUCCAAAGUCUUAAAAUUGUCAUUGCUGAUCUGUCUUUGCCAGAGCUCAGCCGCAGUUCUGACUCCAGUUCUACAGAUCAGAGCUGGCUCUUGCAGUCCAAAAUCAUGUAUGUACCAUAGAAUAGUUUGGUUUAGAAGAGACCUUGAAAGAUACUUAUUUCCAUCUUCCUUGCAAUGGGCAGAGACACUUUACAGUAGAUCAGGUUACUCCAGCCCCAUCCAACCUGAAGCUGAAAACUUCCAGGGAUGGGUAGCCCCAGCUUCCCUGGGCAGCCUGUGCCAGUGACUCCCAGAGAACAAACAGUACAGGGAAAACUCUCCAUGCUUGUUCUGCAGCAAUUGUCUGCAUUCAGAUCUUGGCACAAUCAGGCUGAUCAUUCACAUUAUCACUUUUAUUUAACAAAGCUGUCUCUUAUAUGGAAUUUCCAUGCUGCUUCUCUGGAUGUUAUAUAGAGAAGCAUGAAGGCAAAUUCAGCUUGUCUGCAUUUUCAUUUCAGAUAACAAUGGUAUGGUUUUUUCCAAAGCAGGUCAGGAGACCAACUCUAAAUUUCUGAGCUGCCUGUGGGGAGCAGGGUUAUUCUGAACAGGGUUUGUCCAUGUGCUUUCUUAUCCAAUCUUUCUUUCCAAGAAGCUCUCUUUCUUUCGACAGCUCUUAUUCCCGAAAACUUCUAAAACCUUAAGCAAAGCUAAGGCAAGAGAUGUGCUCUUGUCUUCUUUGCAGAAGGGACAGGGGCAUCAGUAAGGGCUAAUUACCAGAAACUUCUUCAGCUGAUUCCAUUAGCAUUUGCACAGACAGGUGAUGCUAAAAUGACUCUGUAUGGUUUGGUCACCCUUAUUUGCAGGCUGUGACAUAGACAAACUGUUUUAAAUUGUCUGUGGUUUGCAAUAUCUUGGGCAGACUUUCAGAAUGCUCAGGACAGCAUUUGCCACUCUCCUUAACUUCCAUCUCAGUUUCAUUUGCCUGAGGGAUGUUUCUGUGACAUUGGCCAGGGGGCUGCACCAAGUCCCACAUCACCUUCUGGCAAGCAGGACCAACCAGCCCUUCCUGAAGCCUUGCAGGCAAUGGUCUGGGUGGUGAGGAGCAUCCCACAAGCUCAGAUCCCUCUUUGAACAGGGAAUAGGGUUUACAGUGGGGCAGGACUAUGAUGCUAAAAAUGAAAAACUCUCCUAAGGUUUUGGGCAACUUGGAAAAACACCCUGGAAAUCAGAGUCCUUUUAAAUAAGGCUCCUGUCUAACCUCAUAGAAAUUGGCAGCAAAGUUGUGAUUUUCAUUUCAGUUUCACUGGUAAGUAGUGGAGUAGCUUUGCAUUUCCAUUAAUUUAGAGCUGUCUCUAGGUGGCUUCAGAGAGCAAAGAGAAACCCAUCACUGUGGGAGUGGCUGUGCUCUAGGAAGGUGCUGUAGCUCAUGGGCAACUUUCCAUCCUUGUGGGCAGGAUCUGGGCACCAGCACAUUGCCUGUCUUCCUUAAUUAGCUGAGAGAAGACCAGGCAGAGCCCUGUGCUCCUCGCUCACAGGCUGCUCAUGUGGCCUGGAGCAAAUCCCUACACUAAAAGCACUUAAAAAUGGAACAGAAGUGAUGGAAAUGUGGUUUGUUCACUGUGAAUAUCCAGCUGGGAUAGUUGGAAUAACUGCAAGGGAAGAAUUGCCUUUGCAAAUCAUGUGCCUGAUUUACUGGUUAAAUAGUUUUUCAGUCCUCCCUAUUUAGUCAACAAGGACAUUAAGAUGUCCAGAAACAAAAGUGGAAUGAUUGGUUCCCAGUAUAAAUCUUAUUGGUCACAAAUCCAAUAUUUCAGAUUUUUUGCUCAGCACUUUAGCAAGCAGAGUCAAUCAGGCUUCAUUUAAAUCAAUGAACUCCUAUUGUAGACUUAAACCUGAUUUCAUGCUUUCCUUUAUUGGUCACUAGAUCUUUUCUAUAUCACAUAAAAUUAUGUUUACCUUAUAACUGAUCUGUAGAUAUGCCUGAAACAGCACCUAAUGUGAACAUAAAGUCAAUGUUCUCAAUGCUAGGGCGAGUCUUGUGAAAACUUUUUUGCAGCCGAAAGUCUUGAACCAUUCACUGAAAUAAGACAACUAUUUGAUUUCAACAAACUGGAUUUUGUUGUCAAUAAAAUCACUGAUAAACACUUGAGUUGGAUUUGGGACUUCUGAAUAUAUAUAUAUAUGUAAAGCUACAUGCACAAACUUUUUUUUAGAUCACAGAAAUGAAUGCUCCAACUUAAAGUUUAUUCAUCUAAAUAGCUGGAGAAAAUAUCCACUUAAUCACAUAGUCUAAACACAUUGAAGUAGGGGGAAAAAGGUGUUCAUUUUCACCUGUGUUUAUUUUUUCACCAGUAAAAACAAAUAAAAAGACAAGAAAAAUAAUCAUAGUGCCUAUGACAAAGAUUGUGUUUCAAGAAGUGUGCAAUGUGUACCACGAUUACUUUAAUUACUGCAAAUGGAAGCUGCUUUUAGACUGAGUUUGGUUGAAAGGAAAUAUCCUUAGAAAAACUGUCACGCAGAAUCCCAGGAAAUGUUUUGGUUCAAUAUGUUUGGCCUCCAUUUUUGUGGAGCUGUACAUUCCUGUCCAUGGUUCUAAAGGAUAAAAAAAGAACUUAUUUCAGAAUCAA